ACACAAAGUUUGUCUACUUCACCAUCAAUCGAUCAUCUACCAUUUGAGCUCCUUGUUCGUUGCUUCUGUUGUUGAACUCAUAUCUCUCGGCUUCGUUCUGUACUUAGCGAUUUUGAUAUCACUUUUGAUCUUUUCAUAAGAAAUCAGCCGUUUCCACCACGACAUGGCCAUAAAACUGUACGGAUUCGUUGGUUCAAACGCAACGUUUCGUGCUCUGGCUAGCCUCUACGAGAAGGAUGUCGACUUUGAGUUAGUUACGGUUAACAUGGCCGCCUGGGAACACCGAAGACCUCGAUUCCUUGCACGUAACCCGUUUGGUCAAGUUCCAGCGUUGGAGGAUGGUGAUGUCACGCUAUUCGAAUCAAGAGCAAUAACGCAGUACAUAGCACGCAAAUACCCCAAUAAGGGCACGGAACUGAUAAUGAACGAUCCGUUAAAAAUGGCGAUCCAAACGGUGUGGAUGGAAGUGGAAAAUCAAAAAUUCGAUCCUGUCUCCUGGAAGCUAAUGGAAAUAGCGAUGCAUCGAGUUCGUGGAGGUGAGGAGGUAGUUGCGGAGUUAGAAAAAAAGCUGUCAGAUGUACUCGAUGUAUAUGAAACACGGCUGACGGAGACUAAGUAUUUAGGCGGAGAUAGCUUCACUCUGGCGGAUCUCCACCACACUCCAAACGUGUAUUACUUGAUGAUGACCAGAUCGAAGAGGCUGUUUGACGCGCGGCCACACGUCCGCGCGUGGGCCGCCGAUAUACUUUCCCGGCCGGCUUGGUWGAGGGUUACUUCCAUGUUGCGGUGGUGAAGGUGAGGUUUGUUGAGAAUUGCUCCGAGUUGUACGUCGUGUUUGAAUCCAUGUAUCUUUUUACACACUAUUUGAUGAGUAAAUUACUUUUUUUUCUCACUGCGAUCAGGUAAAAAAAAAUUGUGGAUUUUGUUUUAUGGUUUAUUCAUUGUUAUUUCAUCCUUAUGAUCUA